AUGGGCGGCAGCGUGCGUGCUGCGGAGGGCGCGCCCGCGCGCCCUGGCGGCGCCGCAGCGGCCGCCCUCCCCGACGCCGGCGCGGGCGCGGCGCGCGCGGAGGGCCCGCAGCCGCCGCCGGCAAGCGCGGCGGCGCGGCGGUUCAGGGUGGAGGUGACGAGGCGCUCUCCUGACGACCGCCUCGGCCUGUCCCUCGGCCUCGACCGGCGCCGCGGCGCGCUGAAGAUCUGCGGCUUCGUGCCCGGCGGCGCCUGCGAGGGCGUCGAGCUCCGGGCUGGGGACGACUCGAUCCUGGCCGCCAACGGUGUCUCUGGCGACAUCGAGGCGAUGUUGAGCCAGGUGUGCGGCGGCGGCCGCCCGCUCGUGCUCGAGGUCGAGCGGCCGGUGCUCGACGCCGCCGCGGGGCCCGGGCCCGCGGGCAAUCUCGGAGGUGGUGUGGGCGCCACUCUCGAGGCCUCGGGCGCCCGCGAGCCCGUGGACCUGGAGCGCGGCGCGGCGCCGCCGCGCCCGGCGGUGCCCCCGCCGCUGGCCCCCGCGGGGGCUACGGCCCCCGCGGCCGAGGCUUGGGCGCCAGCGCGGCCCCCGGCGGACAGCGACAGGACACCGACCAGGACCCCCAGGUCCCUGCCGCGGGUCCUGUCUUCUGCUUCUGGCCUGUCGCUUGCGACCAUCCCUGGGUUGACGGCGCACUGCUGCUACUACAUGCUGGCCUUCUUCGCAUACUGGUUCGGCGCCGCCCGCUUCGACGUGAACGGAGACGGCGAGUUUGAUGCGGCCGACGUGCAGCGCAUGAUCAACAACGUCGGGCGCCACCUGCGGUUCAGCUUCUCCCGGCCGGUUCCGCGGAGGCGCCGCCUGCGGGAGAGGCAGCGGAAGCAGGCCAUGAAGGCCGAGAAGGAGCUGGAGGCGAAGAGGGAGCGCUACCAGGCUCACGUGGAGCAUAUGCGGGAGAUCCGCGAGAAGGCGGACGUGGAGAGUGCAGGCCAGGGUGGCGCCAGGCGGCCAGCCAUCUCGGCCAGGGCCGCGCUGGCGAUGGCUGGCGAGCGUGCGGCAUACGGCAUUGACGUCGCUUUCGACAAGGGCGCACACGUGGUGCACGCGAACGUGGAGGGCGAGUGCGUUGAGUCGACGAUCAAGGACAACCUGCGGCAGUACCUGCCCUGGUUUACCAUCUCGCAGGUCUGUGCCUGCUUCGGGCUGUGGCUGGGGUACGCCCUGCAAACGAACCGGUACAGGGCCCUGGCUCAGCAUGUGGCGUUGGAUGAGUCGCUGCUGGUCGGCAACUUCUCGGGCAUCCCCGGAUACCAGUGCCAGAUCGAGUGCAGCCGCUUGGGCGACGCCUGCUCUGCGGUGGCGUUCUUGGACGGGCCGGCCACGCAGUGCAAGCUGCUAUCGUCGGUGCCAGAGGAUAUCAGAUCUGGCGGGUGUCACGAGGGCGCCUGGAACUGGGUGCUCUCCGAGAAGCAGCCCAGGACAUUCGGCGGCCUCCUCGGGACCAUGGGCGGCCUCGAGACUGCUCUCCCUGGCCGGACGGUGCUGCAGAGCUACAGCUAUUGCGAUGAGGGCUUCAAGACUAGCAUCUUGUGGAGGAUUGUGUCGUACCAGUUUACCCACGGAGGUCUUGGGCACGUUGGCAGCAAUUGUCUCAUGCUCGUGUUCCUGGGGGUGCCUUUGGAAGGCUUUCAUGGCACGGGGCUGACCGCUGUCAUGUACACGGUCGGGGUCGUUGGUGGCGGUCUUGCUUGGAUGCUCCUUGACCCUGACACGAAGGCGUAUGGGGCGUCUGGCGGAUGCUACGCGUUGCUUGGCAUGCACCUUGCGGACUUGAUCCUGAACUGGAGGCAAAAGAAAUUCCGAUAUCCGAUGGUCGUCAUGCUUGCCGCCAUCAUAGGUGUCGAGACAGCCGGCUAUAUCUCCAGCGUCCAGGGAGACGCGUCGAACAUCGCGCAUUCGGCGCAUGCCGGGGGCCUCGUGUCCGGACUGCUUAUCGGCAUGAUGCUCACCCGCAACAUAGACAAAAAGUGUUGGGAGCGGGCUCUCCAGGUCGUCGCCCUUUUCGCCUGCGUUGGGCUCGUCUGCUUCAGCUUGGCCUGGUGGUUUUCGAGUCCGCUCCCGGCUGUUCGCAGCCUCUGGAACGACGCCGAGGGGCCCCUGUGCUGGAUAGGGCAGGCGACGGUGCUCGUGCGGGCGGGGCCCCGAAAGGCCCGCUCGGGUGGCCUCUCUGCGCAGGCGUUCGCAGUGGGCAGCCCAGGCCUCAAGGCGUUGCACCGGUUGGGCAUGUUCGGCGAGAUCAGAAGCCUGUGGAAGCAGCUCGUGCCAGAGGUCGACGGCGUGUCGGUGGGCUACCUGUCCUUCGGCGACCUGGACCCCAAGACGGACGCGGCCGUCACAGAGCUGCGGGAAAAGCUCAGCGCGAAGUAUGGCAACAUGCUCAGGGCUUGGAUGAAGGAGGGCUCCAGCCCUCUGCCGAGGCUCGGCGAAGCCGCGCCAGAGGCCUUCGCCGAGAAGGUGAGCCUGUGGCGAGCUGCGGAGGACAACCGCAUCGAGCCUCUGUGGCUCUUCUUCCGGGAGGGCGGCCAGUUGCAGGAUGUCUCCAACGACUACAAGCAGACGCUGCUGCACUGCGCCGCCAUGAGUGGGUCAGACGACGCCCUUACGUUUCUGCUUCAGACACCACGUGUGGGCAAGCUCGUGAACGCACGCGACGUCUUCAGGCGCACAGCGCUCCACCUCGCGUCUGGCAUGGGCUACAGCAGCUGCGUGACGCGGCUCGUGGAGGUCGGCGCGUCGCUCGACCUGCAGGAGACGAGGACGGGGCGACGCCGCUGCACCUCGCCUGCAAGUUCCAGUGGAAG